AGGAGAAUACAGCGCCGUCUGCUGGUCAAGUGUCGUCUCUGCCGCUGUGUGCAGUAUAAUAUGUGUCAGCGUGCGAGCAGCUCUCACUCAGUCCCGGAGCAGCAUCCGCCGCGGCAGCAGCAGCUCGAGGAGCGCCACCGGGAUUGUGUUUCACAGAAGUUUCAAUCUGCGCUGCUUUGCUGAGCUUUUUUCCAUCUUUAAAUAGCGAACGCUCCAGAACCCUUCACGUGCAUGAUUGCUCCUCAAUAGACAUCUGACAGCUACCGUUGUUUUAACUCAGUUCAAUUGACAUUUCUCUGGAAAUUUACGAAAACCCAAGGAUUAUCCGCAUCCAGAAGCCAUUUGUCAGUUUAAUAUGGAAAAAUGUAAUUCUUCAUAUUCAUUACGACUGCAGGGAUCUUAAUGCAGAUGUUGUGGGAAGUUUAAUGCAGAUAUUGUGUGAUGGCAGGAUAUCACCAGCUUUGAGUGCUCAAACCUGAUUAAGUAACCAUGGCUUACACUGGAGCUCAGAAGGCUUUGAAGAGUGAUAAGUUAGAUGAAGCUCAAGCUCUGGCCAAAAGCUGUGCAGGCCGGCCGGACUUUCUCGCCUGUGAUGGACUGUCCAUCUGCGCGACACACAGCCACGGAAAGUGUUUCAAACUGCACUGGUGCUGCCAUUUGGGCUGGUGUCACUGUAAAUAUGUCUACCAGCCCAUGACCAAUGUCGCUCAGCUACCCAGCACACCUGUGCCGGCUGCUCCAUCUGACUGCACGGACACAGUCGAUCUGUCCAUCUCACUGACUGAACGAUUCCUCCGCAUCUCCCCCUGUUUCCUGCCUCCACCUUGUCCCGAAUCUCCCAAAUACUGCAACAUUGCCGAACUGUUCAUCGAUGACUACAUUGUCAAAUGCAUCAACGGCAAGAUGUGCUACGUUCAGCGGCCCCCAAUUCACACGGAGGCCCCUCACCCCGCCUCUCUGACACCACAGAAACCACACACUGAAGACAAGCAGACUGUUGAGGAGACUGUUAAAGGACCAAAAAUGGGCCACUGCUCUUCGCCCUCCAGCUCCGAAGACUCAGGGAUCAAUGCGUUGGGAGGACACUAUCUGGAGUCCUGUGAGGAAGAGUCUGAGGAAGAGGAUGAACUUAACAUCAAGGUAAUAAUCUCCUUUUACUCUGUCUGUACAGGUAAAUAUGUCUACCAGCCCAUGACCAAUGUCGCUCAGCUACCCAGCACACCUGUGCCGGCUGCUCCAUCUGACUGCACGGACACAGUCGAUCUGUCCAUCUCACUGACUGAACGAUUCCUCCGCAUCUCCCCCUGUUUCCUGCCUCCACCUUGUCCCGAAUCUCCCAAAUACUGCAACAUUGCCGAACUGUUCAUCGAUGACUACAUUGUCAAACGCAUCAACGGCAAGAUGUGCUACGUUCAGCGGCCCCCAAUUCACACGGAGGCCCCUCCCACCCCGCCUCAGAUAAAACCCGCCUCUCUGACACCACAGAAACCACACACUGAAGACAAGCAGACUGUUGAGGAGACUGUUAAAGGACCAAAAAUGGGCCACUGCUCUUCGCCCUCCAGCUCCGAAGACUCAGGGAUCAAUGCGUUGGGAGGACACUAUCUGGAGUCCUGUGAAGAAGAGUCUGAGGAAGAGGAUGAACUUAGCACAGAUGGACACUCCAGUCCAGGAAGUCUAUGGGACCAGGAUGAAUGCACCCUACUGUCCCCUUCCAAAUCCAUUGUGGAGAUUAUUGAAAAUAUUGAAACUACUGUGUGAUAUUUGUGUGAUCUCUCUCUCUCUUUGUCUGACCAGAUAAACUCAUUGUUAAAAUAAAUAUUGUAUGUAGAGGAAAAUGCUACAUCCAUAAAGACAGUGCUAUACUUUGCAUUUGUCUUUAAUCUCUACACUUAUUGUUACACCUAACAUUGUCCUGAAUUUGAUGUUGAUCGCAGUCCUUGAUUUUAAACCUGCACUAUGGAAGACUUUUUGGAUAGAAGUAAACCAAAUACCAUUAUUGAGCGAGAAUCAGAACUAUGUUCUUGGCUUACCUCAGUUCACUAUAGUAUGUCAUAGUGAACUCGGGGUAAUUUAUGCUAAAUAA